GGGGUGCCCGUGGGGGUGUCCAUGGGGUGCCCGUGGGAUGCCCAGGGCGGGCUGCGGGGCGCACACGGGGUGCGCGUGGCUUGCAGCACGUCGAGCAAGGCGGCGAGCUGUCCCCAUGCCCAAGCAGGGUCCGUCAGCACCCCCCAGCAGUCCCCCCGGCUGCUCCUCAGCCCCGCGGCACCACGGAAAUACUCAUUAGCGGCUCCAGGCGGGCUGCCCCAAACCCCCGGGCAUCCCCAUCGGGCACCCAGCCCGCCCCGGUGCCGGGCUGGCGGCUGCCUCGGGGACACCGCCGUGAUCUGGGGCGCCGGGAGGGGACACCCAGCCGGCGGCUGAGCGCCGGGGCUGAUGCAACCCUGCACGCCCCGUCCGCAGUUCAAGGGGCUGGGCCGUGUCUGUGCAUGCGGUGUCCCUCCGGGGUGGCUGCUCAGCCCCGCUGCCCUCCCGCAGGAUGAGCCCAGCGGCUGGGACGCGGCGGAGCUGGACCCGGCGCAGGUGGAGCAGCGCAUCAAGGAGUACAACAGCCAGAUCAACAGCAAUCUCUUCAUGAGCCUGAACAAGGACGGCUCCUACACCGGCUUCAUCAAGGUGCAGCUGAAGCUGGCGCGCCCCGUCUCCGUGCCGGCUGCCAAGCGGGGUCCCGGGGGGCGGCCGGGGCAGCGCGGCCCGGGGGUGAAGCGCCGCACCUCCUUCUACCUGCCCCGUGGCACCGUCAAGCACCUGCACGUCCUCUCGCACACCCGUGCCAGCGAGGUCAUCAGCGCCCUGCUCAGGAAGUUCACCGUGGUGGACGACCCCCGCAAGUUCGCCCUCUUCGAGAGGUCCGAGAAGGAUGAGCAAGUGUACCUGCGCAAGCUGUCUGACGACGAGCAGCCGCUGCGGCUGCGCCUGCUGGCCGGCCCCAGCGAGAAGGCGCUGAGCUUCGUGCUGAAGGAGAACGACAGCGGGGAGGUGAACUGGGACGCCUUCACGCUGCCCGAGCUGCACAACUUCCUGCGCAUCCUGCAGCGCGAGGAGGACGAGCAGGUGCGACGCGUCCGCCACCGCUACGCCCGCUGCCGCCGCGAGAUGCAGGAGGCCCUGGCCACGCGCUCCACGCGGUGACCGCCGCCACGACGGACGCCUGCCGGCGGGGGGACGUCGCUGA